AUGACUAAAAACCAAUUUUUCGAGGGCCCAAGAAAGCAGAAUGAUCAACUAUUUAGGACCAAUGUGAUAAAGAAAAGAUUUCUAGGCCCUAAUUCCUCGGAUCAAUGUUGCGAUCUGAACUCGUCGUUACAUACUUCUGACAAUAAGGCAGAGCAUCAAUUAUUUCUGAACGUACGCGAAAAAUAUCACGUUAAGAAGACCAUCCGAAAAGAUUCGAAAGCAACCUUCGAAACACUAGAUACAUUGACAGUUUGUAACAGUCACAACAAUGAAUGUGUUAAGAAAAAAUCUUUAACAAAGGCUAUAAAAAAAGAAUUAGAUCUUGAAACUUGUUCAAGUCAUGACGAUUACGCAACAGAAGCUACGCCGGAUCCAAUAACUAAAGAACUAGAAAUUAGAAGAAAUAAUGAUCAUCUUAACUGCUUAGGUGGUGCAAGGAAACUUUUGCUUACUUCCGCAGACGACAUAAUCACCUCAAAGGUGUUUAAUGAAAGUAAGACUGGAAUCAUUGAAAAAAAGUCUCUAGCUGUAGUUUUGGAAGAUCUAUCGUCUGUAAUGGGCAGCUGCUCCGAAGAGAUUAUUGAAACUUUAGCCAAAGCUUCGGAACAGCAAUCGACAGAGUCAUCAGAUACUGCUAGCUAUGAAAUUAGUACGACAAGCAGUUGUAUAAGUGCGCCUACUAAUAGACAGUUUAACGUUCCAUUGCCCAAGCAUUUGAAUGGCAAUGAUCAUGUUGAAGACUGCAGGCUAGAUACAGAUGCAAGCAACCAAUUAGGACCUGAAUUAGCUCAAAGUGCAGAAGAAAAGGAAAUGAUUCUGUCUUCUACUCACUCGCUGUCUAAUGAAUUUUCCAAAAAUGAAAUAUAUGAUACGUAUUACGAUGAUAGUAGCGAUUCUACUAUUUCAGAUAUUAUGGAUGAAAUGGCAGAAAGCAGUAAAAAUCUACUAGAAACAAGAGCGCUAUAUCGCAAGGCUGAGACAGAAUCUUCCUCUACUGUCUCUGAGGAUACACUAUUAAAUCUUCAAAUAAAAAACGAAACUGAUAGUAAUAUGGCAAAAGCGGAUAAAAUUCCGGCUAUGAUGCCAGAAUUAAAAGCUUGCAAUCAUCAACCUAAACAAAAUACUACAAUGCCAUACAUAUCUGAAUUACAUGAGUAUGAGGAUGAUGAAGCAUGCAAUACCGUACAUUUAGUUCAGCAGAAGGAGUCGCUUGUUUCGAACUCAUCAGCAGAAGUACUACUACAAGAUAUUGGUCAAAUUGAUGAAGCAAGAAAUCGAGAAUUACCGAUACUGUCGGAUGACAAUGAUGAUUCGACAGUUUCAAAUCUUUCAUUUGAAGUCUGCUCUCAACCAGAUCCAACGCCAGAAGGUAAUCUUAGUCGAAGCCUAUCGAGAGAUAAAGGCAUGCACGAUGAUCGCAUUAAUGAAACGGUUAAGAAGGAAGAUUCACUACGAAAAGAAAUAUCGAAAGAGACUACAAAAGCAGCCAAUAAGGAUGCUGACUUAGAAAGAUUAGCUAAACUAAGAGGUUUGGAUAUUAAUGAUGUCAUCGCUGCAUAUAGUAUGACAGAACUGGCUUUAGAGGGAAAAAAUAAAGCCAACGACGAAGCAAGAUCAAAUGUGUGCGAUAGUGAUCAUCUAUCUGAAAACAUGCAAAAGGCUGGCAUUUGCAUUAAAGAUGAUAAAGCUGCGAUUGUUCGGUAUCAAAGCGAUGAUAUUUCUGACGAUUCUUUCAGAACGUCCGAUCUAUAUGCCCUUAAAAUAGACAAUGCUCAAGAAUCCAAAUUCGUUUCUUUUAAACCGUAUCCAUCUUACAAAGCUACUGAUACAAGUCCAAGUAAGCAUACAUGCAAUAAGCAGGAAAGCAUGAUGCAUUCGCGUAAAGAUUACUUAAGUCAGGAAGAAGAAUUGAAAGAAAAUUUUUAUCCACAAAGGAAAUCGAAGGACCUAAAUCAUAAGACAAACAGUAAAGAUGCCAACGAUUCUAAAGGCAAGAAGCAAUUCGACUAUCAAAAUGGAAGUCAAAGUGCAGUAAAAGUUUACGAUACACAGCCUAAAGCGCUUGAUUCCAAGAACUCCGAAAAGGAAAGUGCUAAUACAUCUUAUGGCGGAGGUACUCCCUCAUUACCAUCAUCAAUCCGAGCGGUUAAAUCUGGAAUACCAAAACCAGCAAAUUUCAACAAAAAUCAUGAAGUACUCUCUAAUAAUAAAGAAAUCAUAGUUCAUCGUCCAAGGCCGAUUUUGAAGCGCAGCAGAAGUGAUCCUGUCGAAGAUUCUGAUGCAAUGCUAAUCAACGGUACUAUUCCAGCGCUAAAGCGUGAUAAACGCGAUAACUGGUCUGAAGAUAAUAGUAAACUUCUAACGGGCGAUGCUGCAAUAGUAAGCGAAAAUAACCGGAUCAAGUCUAAGUCAAGAGAUGUUAAAGUUGAAAAAGUCUGGUCACUAGCUGAAAAAAAUUCUGUUUCCAAUUACCAGGAGUUCUUGAAAACAGAAGGAAACGAUAUUGGAAAAUUUUCAGGUCGAGGAGAUACAACAACGUGGAGUAAGCUUGGUCGAUUGGACAAUACAUUAAGAAUGAGAUUGAUUCAACUGAGUGUAUUCAAGUCUUCAGCUAAUAUUCCAGUCAGUUUGAUUAGUAUCCUGUGGCAAGAACAUCCUUCGGUUGUGAGAAAUGAAAUUAUGAUAAUGGAGAGGUAUCAUUUCGUUAAAUACUACUGGGAAGAUGGGAGAGAAUUUUGCAAAAUUGAUGCGGCUAUAGUCGAUGAUCUUCGAGAGCUCCAUCCGAACCCUAGCUACUCAAAUGAACUUUUAAUUAAUCGUUGUCAAUUACGAUUUGGUCGAGACUUGCGCAUCAUGGAAGACGAUGGAUAUAUGUACCAGCAUAUUAUUGAACAUGCUCUUACAGCGAAGAAAUCGUCUAUCGCUAUUCAUUUAUUGAAUGAUAUUAAAUGGAUUUCUGCCAAGAUUAAAGCUUGUGGAAAUAUUAUGACAUUACUAAAGGACUAUGCAAAGUGUGAAGAACAACUAGAUUAUAUGCAAUGGCUAGAAUUGCGUGAUUUAUGCCUUUUCUUCCGUCGACAUGGUGCGUUUGUAAAUGCUGCAAGUACGAACUUGAUUCAAUUCGUGCUUAAUCAUACCAGCGAUGGUGCAACUCAUAAAAGGGCAAUAAAGGCUGCUUUAGAGUGUAAACGUGAAAAUCAUACAUUAUAUUAUUACCAAUUAAUAGGGCGUGACUUUGAAAGGAUCAAUCCUGUUUGGCUGCAGUGCUUAGCACUACCAACUACACUUCAGGGCAUGUCUAUACAUUUAAGAUGCUCUAAUCCUACACACACCAAAUUUAGAGUUGCUCUAAGUGAUGAAAGACAAACGAGAGUUGUAGAUUUUAAUACGUUUCUUGAAAAAUUUAAAACUGACUUAACUUGCCCCAGUAAAAUAUCUCCAAAUGGUCAAAUUGUUGCCUUUAUGGAUUCUACUUUUUCCUGGCAAGCUUGGCAUAUCGACAGAAAGCGCAAUAUACCAUUUGUAAUUAAUGGGAAAGGAACAAACUCUUUGCAUUGUUCCGAACUAGAAUUUUCACCUGCACAGCAAAUUUCUCUGGUGUGCUGGAUGAACCUGCAUGUGGAAGUAUGGUGUCUAAAUGGUGAUAAAUUUCAUUUGCGACAGAAAUGGAAUCCACACGCUCACGAUAUACAAUUUUGCCAGUUUCAUGAAAAUGGGACUAAAUUAGUUACUUAUAGCAUCAUUGGUCAGUCUUAUCAGCCUAUUAAUAAUCCUCGUUACAUUUGUCCCACAGUUUCUAAAGCGGGAUGGCAAAUAGAACUUAAAGCUUGGCAGUUAGAAUCAUUCAAGCAAAUUGAUUGCUUGGAAUUUCAUUUUGCACGACGCAAAUCUCGUGAUCAAGGAUGGCCUACUAUUACUUUUCAGCUUCAAUGUGUUAAGUACAUUACAAAGCAAUUAGCUGUUGUUGAUAUCGGUAAAUCUGUUGAUCAACAUUGCUAUCAUUGUAUAAGCUUGCUUAAGCAUUCUUAUAAGCAAGCGAUUUCAUUAAAGAAGAAACUAUCUACCAAUUACCAAUCCAAGCUACUAGAUGAAUUAGUAAACUUGCAUGUUUCUGACGAUACUCUUUUCCUCCUUGGUGUGCGAUAUCGGGAAAUUCUACUUUAUACCCGCCACGAUAACACUAUUUCUAGGUACCGUCAAUUAAAACUCGAUGUCGAUCCCAUAAAAAAUAGUGUGCAAUUCGUGACUGGAGGAAACGAAUUUGUUUAUGCGGACGCCAAUAAAAGAAUUUAUCUUAUUGCUGCCGAAGAAACACCUUCGUCCUAUCCAUGUAGUCCGAUCAACAGCCAAAUCAAGCGGUCACAUGGUAGUACUUUACAGUCUGAAAGUUGUGCAUUUAUAAAUAGUUCUGUCACUUUCUGUAGCAUUAUUAAGAACAAAGAACAAACAAUCCUACAGAUCUAUAAAGGAGAGCCAUUGCAACUAAGUUGUCAAGCAGAAAUUACAGCUCAGCAAAACUUACAUAAAAAUCUACAUUGUUACUUAUUUGACGAGUGGUUUUAUAUUAUCGUUUCUUACGAACUCCGAUGUGAAAGUAAAUCAUGCUCUGCAAGUAUAGACACAGUUCAUGCACAUUUUUAUAUCAUUGCUAAACACUUAGAUAACAUUAAAGAUAAUGUAUGGACGGCCAGAAAUCGACUACCUGUUAAAGAAUUACCAACUUUAGGGAGAUGUAAAUAUCGGAUAAGUGAUAACAAGCUGAUAGUUCUUCGAUCGACCCAUACUACGUACAUGUUUGUAUGGCUGAUCGACUGCUGUAAAGGAGAGACAAUAGCAACUUAUUUACUAAAUAAUUUUACUGCGUCAAGAAUUAUUUAUUUUACUAAUCAGUAUAUUGUUGCAUAUGCAAACUUGAACACUACGUUUACGGUGUGGAAAAUAGAUGACAAAUCUAUCCAGUUGUUAGAUAAACUUCAUAAAUAUCCUUGCCAUGAAAGCAAAUUAUCAUACGGCAAAUUAAAUAUAAAGGGUUUGGAAUCUUCCUUAGAUUGUGUACGAUUAUCUGAGCGCGCGCAUACCGAACAUUUUGGAAAUUGGCACCUAGAUAUAAGGAGAAAUGAAUUUGAUAAUACAAUAGAAAUUUGUCGAGUACAAAAUUGCAAUCGGCAAUUAAUUCAAGUAGUUAAUCAGAAGAAUGGCCAUUUUUUAUUCUUCAUAAGAAAUGGAUACGAAUUUUCGAUGUUUGAUAUGGGUCCUAGUCUGGCUUUAAAAAUAUUCUAUGGCCAAUUCUGCUAUCCUACUGUACCUAUAUCGGAGUCGAGUAUCGCAUGGUGCAAUAACGAAAGGAGACCUGGUGCUAUGCCAUUGAAACGGAUUACGUUAAAAAAUAUGCGAGAAAUAGUAAAGACACUCCAAACUCUGAUUAUAUUUACCUCAAGUUGA